CCUUUCGAACACGUAACAGUUCGUUCGUAACAGUAUCCCAGUUCCGACGUGGUCGCAGGAUAGGGACAACAGACAAAGAAAAACCUCGGCCGCUAGAUCAGUGCAAAAUGGUGCGAAGGGUUAAUCAAACAGAACUAAGCGUGUUGCUGCUGGCGGUAUUACUACUCGCUGAAACAGGCAUUGCCGGCGAAACGGCAGCUGUCGGAGCGCUUGCAGAAGGGAAGAAGGUGGUGUGUUACGUGGGUACCUGGGCAGUCUAUCGGCCCGGUAAUGGACGGUUCGACAUCGAGCACAUCGACCCGUACCUGUGCACUCACCUGAUGUACGGCUUUUUCGGCAUCAACGAGGAUGCAACGGUGCGCGUGAUCGAUCCGUACCUGGACCUGGAGGAAAAUUGGGGCCGCGGCCAUAUCAAGCGAUUUGUCGGGCUGAAGCACGUAUCACCGACGUUAAAAACGCUGGCAGCGAUCGGUGGCUGGAACGAGGGCUCCAGGAAGUUCUCGCAGAUGGCGGCCAGUGCCGCGCUACGGAAGCGCUUCAUAUACGACUGUGUGGCGUUCUGCCAGCGGCACGGGUUCGAUGGGAUCGAUCUGGACUGGGAGUAUCCGGCACAGCGUGACGGUAAUCCUGCAAUCGAUAGGGACAAUCAUGCACAGCUGGUGGAGGAAAUGCGAGUGGUCUUUGACCAGUAUGGACUCCUGUUGACGGCGGCGGUAGCGUCGGUAGAGUUUUCCGCCGGUCUGUCGUACGAUAUCCCGCGUAUUUCGAAGAGUUUCCAUUUCCUGAACGUCAUGGUGUACGAUAUGCACGGUGCAUGGGAGAGCUACUGCGGUAUCAAUGCGCCGCUGUACCGUGGUUCGGCCGAUAAAACGGAAACCGAGCAGCAACUUAACGUGAACGCUAGCAUACACUACUGGCUGUCGCAGGGCGCCCCGGCUGAGAAGCUUGUGCUGGGCAUUCCACUGUACGGACGAAGCUUUACGCUGGCCAAUGCGGAGAAUUCACAAAUCGGUGCACUUGCUGUCGGUGGCGGAACAGCCGGGCCCUACACACGCCAGUCAGGCGUGAUGGGAUACAACGAGUUCUGCGAGAAGCUGCAGACAGAGUCGUGGGAUCUUCGGUGGGACAUACAGCAGCGAGUGCCGUACGCAGUGCGGGGCAAUCAGUGGCUGGGGUAUGAUGAUCUUCAGUCGAUUCAGUUGAAGGUAAGGUACCUGCUAGACUAUGGGUUGGGUGGUGCAAUGGUGUGGUCCCUCGAGACGGAUGACUUCCGGGGUGUGUGUGGUGGGGGAAAUUAUCCGCUAAUGAGAGAAAUCCGUUCCCUGGUGGAUGGCGGUGCGGGAAGUCCAACAACUCUACCACCACCUACGGUAUCCUCUACGAGCACCUCCACUACUACCUCGACCAACCCGACGACCACCACCACCAGUAAUCCGGGUAGUGGAAAUCCAGGUACAACGACCAGUAAUCCGGGAAGUGGAAAUCCAGGUACAACGAGCCCACCUGCUAACGACCGGCCGUGCUCCGGAGGACAGGCAGGAUUCGUACCACAUCCGAAUUAUUGCAACAAGUACUACAUGUGCCUGACCGGUGAUAUGUUCUUCGAAUUUACGUGCCCUGCGGGAACCCUUUUCGAUCCAAAUCUGAACGUCUGCAACUGGGCCGACCAGGUAAAGUGUGCACACGAAUGAACGAAUGUGUAGGCUUAGCUUUUGACGGAAUCCUAUUAUUUAUAACGAAUAAAAUUAAAUGAAUAACCGAAUUUAA